AAGAAGGAUUAUUCAACAAAAACUAGGUGCCUCCCACCGACUCUGAAGGUCAUCGGUGUCAGCCUGUACUCCACAGCUGUGUACUUCUGUACUACAGUAACCAAGAGGAACCUGGACCUAUUUACCCACUGAUUUACCUCACCGGGACACCGCUGCACUGUUUUGAGUGACCUGUUAAUUGAGUGCCAUGGCGGAAGCGCACCAGGCGGUGGGCUUCCAGUUCACUGUUACACCGGAGGGCAUCAACCUUCACCUGAGUCGAGAGGCACUCAAACACAUCUACCUAGCCGGAGUAACAUCAUGGAGCAAACGUGCCAUUCAGUUCAAGAAUGGCAUCCUAACAGGAGUCUACCCGGCGAGUCCAUCCAGCUGGUUAUUUGUGGUGAUUGCAAUCAUGAGUUCCAUGUAUGCCAGAGUGGAUCCAUCUGUUGGCAUGAUAAACAGCAUUAAGAAGGUUUUACCUGCCAGUGAUCGUUUCACAGCUCAGACUCAGACGAUUCUGAGUGGUAUACUGUUUGCCACAGGACUUUGGUUCUCUCUGAUUUUGCUCCUGCGCUACACACUGCAAGCUCUGCUGUGCUACCACGGCUGGAUCUUUGAGCCACAUGGCAAAAUGAGCACCGUAACCAAACUCUGGAUGAGUCUGUUGAAGCUGUUUUCGGGUCGAAGGCCGCUGCUCUACAGUUUUCAGGGCUCUUUGCCCAGACUGCCUGUGCCGAACAUUGAUGAUACCAUUUGCAGGUAUCUUGAAUCAGUGCGUCCCCUGCUGGACGAUGACCAAUAUAAGCAGAUGGAAAUUGUGGCCAAUGAUUUUAAAAAGGACCAAGCACCCAAACUGCAGAAAUACCUCCUGCUGAAAUCCUGGUGGGCCAAUAACUAUGUGAGUGACUGGUGGGAGGAGUACAUUUACCUGAGGGGUCGUGGUCCCAUCAUGGUUAACAGCAACUUCUACACUAUGGACCUGCUGUAUGUGAUACCCACUCACAGGCAGGCAGCGAGGGCAGGAAAUGUGGUCCAUGCCCUUCUGCAGUACCGCCGUAAGCUGGAGCGAGGGGAGCAUGCGCCGAUGAGGGCUCUCGGGGUGGUGCCCAUGUGCUCCUCUCAGUAUGAGAGCAUGUUCAACACUACUCGUAUCCCUGGCAUUGAAACAGACAGUAUCCAGCACCUGAGGAACAGAAAGCAUCUGGUUGUGUAUCACCGUGGACGCUUCUUUAAAAUCUGGUUGUACUAUGGUGGACGACAUCUCCUGCCCUCUGAGUUAGAGCAACAGUUUCAGCACAUUCUUAACGACACCUCGGAGCCGCAGCCUGGAGAACUCAAAUUAGCCUCUCUCACAGCCGGGAACAGAAUCCCAUGGGCCAAAGCACGACAGAAGUACUUCAGCGAGGGUGUGAAUAAGAAGUCUUUAGAUGUCAUCGAGACGGCCGCGUUCUUCCUCACCCUGGACGAAGAGGCGCAUGGAUACGACCCUGAAAAACCAAACUCCAUGGACCUCUAUGCCAAGUCUUUACUGCACGGGAAGUGCUACGACAGGUGGUUUGAUAAAUCCUUCACUCUUAUUGUCUACAAGAAUGGAAAGAUAGGAGUGAAUGCCGAGCAUUCAUGGGCGGACGCCCCCAUCGUUGGACACAUGUGGGAGGACAUCUUGGCCAACGACUUUUUCUGCUUGGGCUACACUGAGGAGGGACAUUGCAGAGGAGAUGUAAACAAAGCUCUAACGUCUCCAACCCGGCUCCACUGGGACAUUCCACAAGUGUGCCAGGAAAUUAUAGAGGGAUCGUAUACAGUCGCCAAGGAGCUGGCUGAUGAUGUGGAUUUUAAAUGUUUAAUAUUUGAUGAGUUUGGGAAAGGCCUGAUCAAGAAAUGCAGAACGAGCCCGGAUGCUUUCAUUCAACUAGCACUGCAGCUUGCUCACUACAGGGAUAAAGGAGCUUUCUGUCUUACGUACGAGUCUUCCAUGACCCGAAUGUUCCGGGAUGGAAGGACAGAGACGGUGCGCUCCUGCACCAACGAAUCCACGGCCUUCGUCCGAGCCAUGAAGGACCAGGCCUACACGAACGAGCAGCGGCUGGAACUGUUUCGGAAAGCAGCAGAGAAACACCAGAACAUGUAUCGCCUGGCCAUGACGGGUGCUGGCAUCGACCGCCAUCUAUUCUGCCUGUACAUCGUGUCUAAACUACUAAACAUCAAAUCACCCUUCCUUAACCAAGUUCUUUCGGGGCCCUGGCGUCUGUCCACCAGUCAGACGCCGCAGCAGCAGCUGAACCUCGUCGACAUCCAGAAAUUUCCCAAAUAUGUAGGAGCUGGUGGUGGAUUCGGUCCUGUUGCUGAUGACGGCUAUGGAGUUUCCUAUAUUAUCGUUGGGGAGAAUCUCAUCACAUUCCACAUCUCCAGCAAGUUCUCGAGCCCUGAAACGGACUCUCAUCGCUUCGGCCAAAACAUUAGACAGGCAAUGCUGGACAUCAGAGCUCUGUUUAACCAGAGGGAGAAAUGUAAACAAAACCAUUCUAAUGGUUCUCCUUAAAACGUCCCAAUAAUCCAAGUCACACAAACCCCAGAUCUGAUCUAACUGUACAGUUAUGGAUUCUGCUGGUCCACCUUACAGCACCCAUCAUACACACACAUCACACAAACCCCAGAUCUGAUCUAACGGUACAGUUAUGGAUUCUGCUGGUGUGCUGGUGUACCACACAGCACCCAUCAUACACACACGUCAAACAAACCCCAGAUCUGAUUGUUUCAAUCACAAACUCUUGGAUUCUGAUUAACCACCUUACACAAUCCAUCAUAUACAUGACACAAACACCAGAUUUGAUGAUCCAAUCACACACAGUGAACUACUAUACACAAAAGUCACCAAACCUUCAGAUCUACUGAUCUAAACACACACACUAAUGCUAAUUCUGCUGGUCCACCUAAAUUAGUGUUAAAUUAAUGUCAUGUACAAAGUCAAUCUCGUCUUGUUGAUUUCUUUUUUAAUUUUCCUUCAUUGAUGUAUCUAUUUCAUGAGAACAGUGUAUAAAUAUAACUAGUACUAAAUACAGAUGACAAAAUGAUCAUUUUAAUUAGAAAUAUUGUACAUAAGGUUUAAAUUAAUUAGUUAAUUUAAUUGCCACUGUGAUGUAUAUUAUAUAAAAGCUUGGGUAUUUUGUCCUGUAAUGUAAUGCGCUGCUACGGAAACUCUACGAUGUGUACAAUUGUAAAUAUUUGUGUUAAAAGCAUGCUCAUUUCACAGAUUAGAGGUUAGCAUUGAGCAUUAUUAUAUUUAUGUGUCAUUUAUUCAGUUAUUUAAUGCUUUUCAUGUGUUGCACUGAAGAUUAAUUCAAGUUAGUAUAAAGGGAAGACAAUACAAUAA